CUAUUUUCCAGAAAUUCUUCCAAACUGGGUUUUAAAGCUCUAGAAAAAACACUAGUCCAUCUCUUUCUUCCCGUUCGCCUGUCAUCCUAUGAGCGGAGCUCGUGAACACGGCGGCAACUACCUCUCCGAUGUCUCUAUCGACCACCAUGAUCCUCAGCUCCUCUACCCUCUUGCACCACACUCGCCAAUUCCUCUUCCCCUCACACUCCAUUCAGAUUCUGCGGAAACUCCAAUCGCCUUUCAGUCUUCCUUCAAAUCCACCAAAUUGCCGCGUUCUGAUCGUUCGGAACUCCGGCGACAUCUCUGCCAAGCCUUCCCCGAAGUUACGGAAGCAGCGCUCCGAUUCUGUUCAGGACAACAAGCUUCACGCCAUCCGCCAACUUUUUUCUAGGCCUGGAAUCAACAUCGACGCCUAUAUCAUACCUUCACAAGACGCCCACCAGAGUGAAUUCAUUGCUGAAUGUUAUAUGCGGAGAGCAUAUAUAUCGGGUUUCACUGGAAGUGCAGGAACUGCAGUUGUCACAAAGGACAAAGCAGCCUUGUGGACAGAUGGACGCUACUUUCUGCAGGCAGAGAAGCAGUUGAGCUCUAGCUGGAUUCUUAUGCGAGCAGGUAAUUGGGGAGUUCCUACAAUGAGUGAGUGGCUCACCAGUGUUCUCCCACCUGGGUGUAGGAUUGGAAUUGAUCCUUUUCUUAUUUCUUCAGAUGCUGCAGAAAAACUGAAAGAGGACAUAUCUACAGGAAGUCAUGAACUGGUGUUCAUAUCCAAGUUUAACCUCGUAGAUGAAAUAUGGAGAGAAUCAAGACCACAGCCUCCAAAAGAACCAGUUAGGGUGCAUGACCUAAAAUAUGCUGGUGUAGAUGUCUUAUCCAAGUUAAUUUCCUUGCGGUCUAGCUUAAUUAGUGCGGGUUCAUCUGCAAUUGUUAUUUCAGUUCUUGAUGAAAUUGCCUGGUUGUUGAACUUGAGGGGGAGCGAUGUUCGGCAUUCACCCGUAAUGUAUGCAUACUUGAUUGUGGAGAUUGAUGGAGCAAAGUUAUUCAUUGAUGAUUCAAAAAUUACACCAGAGGUUAGGGGUUACUUGAAUAGUGCAGGCAUUGAACUGAGAGCAUAUGAAUCCAUCAUUUCUGAAAUUGAAAGUUUGGCAGAAAAAGGAGCAAAUCUAUGGUUGGACAAAUCAUCUGUAAAUGCUGCUAUUGAAAAUGCAUACACGUCUGCAUGUGAUAGAUACUCUAGGAGCCUUGGAGGAAGAAAGGGAAAUAAGGGCGGCACAAGUUUGGACUCCAAUGGUGUUUCUAGGGAGCCCCAGGCAUUAUAUAGGAGCUCUCCUGUCUCUAUGGCCAAAGCUGUGAAAAAUAGUGCAGAAUUAGAAGGCAUGCAAAGCUGUCAUCUAAGAGAUGCUGCUGCUCUAGCACAAUUUUGGAUUUGGUUAGAGGAGAACAUCUCUAAGGAUGUGAGUGUGACGGAGGUAGAAGUUGCUGACAAACUUUAUGAAUUUCGUUCAAAACAAUUUGGCUUUCUUGACACAAGCUUUGACACUAUAAGUGGUUCUGGCGCGAAUGGUGCCAUCAUUCAUUACAAACCAGAGUCUGAUAGUUGCAGCAAUGUGAAUCAACAUGAACUUUUCCUUUUAGACAGUGGUGCUCAAUAUGUUGAUGGGACAACUGACAUAACUAGGACAGUGCAUUUUGGUGAACCAUCUUCACGAGAGAAAGAAUGUUUCACACGGGUUUUGCAGGUGUAUUUUUUUCAUGUUCAUUUCUUUUGCUAGUUCAAGGAUUUCUUGUAACAUAUUUUAAAAGAGAGUUAUAUUAUCAUAACAUGUUACUUGGCUGCUUUAUUUUCAUGGUCCCCGUACAUUGCUGAUGGAGGUAAAAGAGUCACUAUUAACAAUGGUUUAGUUUCAGGCACAUAAUGGACUAAAUCAAAAGUGCACAUUAAACUUCUCUUGCUUCUUAUUUCCUAUGAAGUUUUGGGGAAUAAAUGUAGCAAUGUGUCUAGGAUCUAAUGAAAACAACCUCUGAUUUUCUUGGGCAAGAGUGCUUACAUCUAUACCCCUCAGACCGCAACAGAGUUGGGGGCUUAUGUUGGGUUGUUGUUUAUCUCAUGGAUGGAAACAUUUUCGUUACCUUUAUAGGUAGGGCAAGGUCUGCAAUUCUGCAUAGACCUUCCCUCCCCAGGCCCCACUUGUGGAACGCUAUUGGACUGUUGUUGCUAUCUCAAGGUGGUUUGGUGGUGGUCAGCACUUGCAUUUAGGAGUUCUGGAGACAUAUAAGAAGUGCAGAGUCUUUGUAGGGGAUGAGCGCAAAUGUUUCUGAUUGCAUGCAUGUUUUAUUAUAUUCCCUCUAUUUUUAAAUAGUUUUCGUGAUAUAGUUUAUAAUGUUUGACUGAAAUUGUUAUAUAUUCAAUUCAAUUAAAAAUUGAUGUAAAAUUAAAACUUAAAAUUAUACUCCCUUCAUCCAAAACAAAUCUUUCCACUUUCACUUUCCAUCCGCCCCAAACAAUACUUCAACUUUCAAUUAAAAUUUCCGUUUUACCCCUACUAAUUAUUAAUGUAUCUAUGACAUCAUAUCUAUUCAUUGUAAUCUACUUAUUAGAGCCCUACUAUAAUGUAAGUGCAAAAUUGGAAAGUAACAUCAAAAUUACACAUUCCUUAAAUCUCACUUUUAAACAAAGCGGAAAAGUUUUAUGGGACGGAGAGAGUAUAUAUAAAAAUUACACCAAAAGUGUUACAAAACAAAAGGUGACUUGACUAUUUUAUUUUAUCAAGUGAUCAAUGAAAAUAUGCAAUUUAUAAUUUAAUUAUGUCAUUUAUCAUCAUCAUCCUCCACCUCGUCACCACCACCACCCACUCACACAACAUGUCACCCUUUGUUGAUGGCCCUUUCACAAACCUCUUUACCCCUUGGGGUUGAGGUAAGAUCUGUGUAUCUUGCCUAGUUGUCUUACUCUUUGUUGCAUAUAUUGGGUUCUGUUUGGUAUUGUUUAAUGUUUCUAGCAGCUGACUCCAACCUUUUCAGGGUCACAUAGCUCUUGAUCAGGCUGUCUUCCCCGAAAACACUCCGGGAUUUGUACUCGAUGCAUUUGCACGAUCAUCCUUGUGGAAGGCUGGCCUUGAUUACCGGCAUGGAACUGGGCAUGGUGUAGGAGCUGCACUGAAUGUCCAUGAAGGCCCACAAAGUAUUAGUUUCCGUUUUGGAAACACGACUCCUUUGGUACCAGGGAUGGUAGUCAGCAACGAGCCUGGCUACUACGAAGACCAUUCAUUUGGCAUUCGGAUUGAGAAUCUUCUUUAUGUCAAGGAAAUGAACACUCCAAAUCAUUUUGGCGGACUUAGAUACCUUGGGUUUGAAAAACUUACUUUUGUUCCAAUACAGACUAAAUUGGUUGAUUUGUUGUUACUCUCUGCUGCUGAGAUCGGUUGGCUGAAUAGUUACCACUUGCUCGUUUGGGAGAAGGUUUCGCCUUUACUUGACAGUCCUGCACGCGAAUGGCUGUGGAACAACACCAGGCCAAUGAUCGUCAAGCCCACUUGAUCCAUUCAUGUAAUCUAUACUAUGAAAGCGUAACCAUUGUUUGUAAGUUGUAACCAAACAUACACAGAGUAAUUAAAUCAUACUCCCUCCGUACCAAAACUAGAGUGACACUUCUCAAAUUGGACUUCCUAAUACUAAAGGCCCCCUUCCCUAUUUGACUUAACUCACUACAUUUUU